ACCUACCCCCUGUGGCAAUGAUGGAACGGUUAAGGUAGAUUGUGGCUAGAUUUAACAUACGGAGAUACCGCGGGGGACAUUGUACUGAUUAGAGUACACACUAUAUAAGUUCUCUUGAGUUCGUUACAGCUGAUUAGGAGACAUCAAGAUACUGUUCCUGUGUCAUUAUCUGCACUGUGCACACACACACACAGCAUUAAUAUAUGUAGAAUACUGAUCCUUCCCUGUCUACUAUUUAUUUUGAUUUUAAGCUCGACACUCCAUCCGCCAUAUUGGUGAAACUUGACUAUUCGAUUAACAAAUUAUGAGGGUUGCUAUUUUUGGAGCGACAGGUCCAACUGGACAAUUUGCAGUCAAAGAAGCGCUUGAGAAAGGAUAUUACGUCACAGCUCUUGUACGAAGUCCCGAGAAAUUGACAAAAAAAGAUGACAAACUGCAGGUAGAGAAAGUCAAUAUAUUCAAACCCGAGGAGCUCGAACCUCAUCUCAAAGAAUGUGAUGCAGUGAUUUCCUGCCUUGGAACACCUAGACAGGGGUUUCUCGGAUGGUCAAAGGUGUCAUUCUAUACAGACACAAUGAAGAGCAUCGUAUCUGCCAUGCGUAAAUCUAAUACCAAACGCCUGGUCUGUCUUACGUCCAUCGGCACUGAAAAAGCCCCUGGGAAUCCAUGGGUCGUAGAGUGGAUAUUCAGACCUCUGUUAAUAGGAAAUAUUCUAUCCAAUAUGGCAGAGAUGGAACACUAUCUCGUUGACCAUUGUUCUGACCUCAGUUACACUGUCGUACGACCAGCCGGGUUGGAGGAUGGACCUAGCAGUGGAAAGGAUAUUCAGACAGAGGAGAACCAGUAUGUGACAGGCGCGUCAAUUGCAAUGCCGAGAGCGGACGUUGGAAAGUUUGUCAUAGAUUGUGUCGAAAAGGAAAGUUGGCUCCAGAAAAUAGUGGCCAUUGGUUUGCUGCCAUGAUGGGGAUAUAACUCCAAACAAUAUUUAAAGUACGCAAUUGAGUCUCACACAUAUCAUAUUAUUAGUGUAUUUGUAACUUUUUGAAUGUAUUAUAUCACUUACGCUUGAAUUUGAAACGGCAGAAACCUGUUGUGAUGUUUUUAAACUACAAGACGUCGAGCUUCGAAUCUCCGACAUAGGACUUUCUUGAUCUGAUGUAUUCUGAUAACAGACGUUCAUUAAUGAUAUAUAAGCUAACCUUACAACGGUGACUGUUACAUGUGUAACCGGAAAUCAUUUGCAUUCCUUCUAUUUGACCGUUAACCUUUCUUUCGAAUUGAUUAUCGGCUCUUCCCUACCAACGUUUUCCUCCAAUACUCCAAAUGCUCCAAUGUGUCAUUUUUUACUUCCUAUUAGAAAUAUGCUAUUUCAAGCCGAGGUAACUUUGAAUUUUAUUUUCAUGCAUUUCGAUGCGAUAUUAUCAAUUCUUUAUAUAGGGGCCAUUGUGUAAUAUAAAUAUAUAUAUUUUUAAUCCGAGAAUAAAAGAUAUUAGUGCAAA